CUACAAAGAUGCUAAGACUCCACAGGGCUAUGACCUUGUCUGCGCCUUAUUCUAUGUAUUGACUGUACCUGUGCCCCUGCAGCGCCCUGGGGCUAUCUCAGACUAGUUAGGUAAUCGGCUAUUCAAGGAAGCUGCCAGAGGGCUCCACUCAAUCACAAAACCCCUUCGCUACUACAGCCUUUCACACUUGGAAGUUCUACCAUCAGAUUCUAAACUUAGCUUUUGGCAUACGGGGAGAAAGGUUGGGUCACCAGGGUUUACCCUGGUCCCUAAGCCCCGCAGGCGAGGCUCCCAAUCCUUAAGGCUCCUUCUUCAGUGUCUGUAUCUCAGAGUGGGUAGGCUUAAAGUGAGUAAUCACUACUGCCUCGAGGUUACAGGGCGCCCCGCCCUGCCAGCCGUGGCCCCGCCUCUUCCCUCUUCCUCCCGCAGGAAGCGCCUGUGGUUGCCAUGGGAGCGGGAGCGACUCCGUUGCUGGCCUGGUUGUGGUCUCAGCCCUGUGAGGACCCAGCUGGAGCAGUCUGGAGAGAAACCCCAGCGGCAGCCUUCCUCUUCAGCAGUUCGGGCCGGCAAGGCGAGCUGAGUAAGGGGCACCCGGUCCUGCGGCUCCAUGCUAAGGGAAGGGCGGGCGAAGCUGCCUGCAGAGGCUCCAGCUCCAGAGUCUACGAGUAACCUCGAGGAACAGUAUUCUAACCUUUGUUCAGAAAACAUACGGAAAAGCAAUCCUUUUAUACUGGAUAUACUCAAAAGAGUGGAUGAAGAAAUCGAAAAGGGAUCAAAAGAAGGAAUCACAUUAAACAUUGGCGGUAACAAUCACUUAGUCCCAGUACAAAGAGUGUCAGGUGACGAUUUUUGGCUUCUUUCCAAAGUUUUAAGGACCCAGUCGUGUAUCAGUGGUGUGGAUGUGAGGUAUAACCUCAUAAGGGAUGUUGGUGCCUACUAUGCUGCAAAGCUGCUGCAGAAACAACAGAGCAUCACUUACUUAAACCUUAUGUUUAAUGAUAUUGGACCCGAAGGUGGAGAGCUGAUUGCUAAGGCACUACACAAAAACAAAACUCUCAAAUACUUGCGAAUGACUGGGAAUAAGAUUGGGAACACAGGCGGCAUGUCUUUUGCUGCAAUGCUGCAGAUUAACUCAUCUCUGGAGAAACUGGAUCUGGGUGACUGUGACCUGGGACUGCAGAGUGUGAUAGCAUUUUCCACAGUACUAACUCAAAACCAAGCAAUCAAGGGGAUCAACCUGAACCGACCUAUACUGUACGGAGAACAGGAAGAGUCUACAGUCCACACGGGCCACAUGUUGAAAGAAAACCACUUCCUUGUUGAACUGCACAUGUGUAAACAUGAUAUAAAAAAUUACGGUAUGCAACAGCUAUGCAACGCACUGUAUCUCAACAGUAGCCUACGCUACCUUGAUGUCAGCUGCAAUAAAAUAACUCGUGAUGGAAUGGUGUACCUGGCUGAUGUCCUGAAAAGCAAUACUACUGUGGAAGUAAUAGAUCUUUCUUUUAACAGAAUAGAAACCACAGGUGCAAAGUACCUCAGCGAAACUUUGUCUUCCCACAACAGGAGUCUUAAAGCAUUGUCUGUAGUCAGCAACAAGAUAGAUGGAGAAGGGCUUGUUGCACUUUCACAAUCCAUGAAAAUAAACCUCACAUUAUCUAAUAUCUACAUUUGGGGCAACAAAUUUGACGAGGCUACGUGUGUGGCAUAUUCAGACUUGAUGAAAAGUGGCCGGCUACGGCCAGAUAAUACAGAUGUGGAGCCGUACGAGGUGGAUGGACGUGUGUACCUUGCCGAGGUCUCCAAUGGCCUUAAGAGGCACUAUUACUGGACGCCGAGGUGUGGAGAUGCUUAUGCCUACUCCUCUACCGCAGGCUUUGCGCUUGUUCCUGUUGGCCAAUACCUAUAAGAAACAAGCUUGAAAACAGUGUCACACAUUUGUCUCGUCAUUUUAGAGACUAAGAUUAUAGUCUACUUUUUCUUUUAUAAACUAAUACAAGUUAUUCUUAUCAAAUUCGUGAAACUUUGUGUACUUGCCCCUUGUUGAGGAAAAACUGAUUCUUUUAAUAUAGAGACUAAAAUUUCAACCCUGAAGAAACCACGGAACUAUAGUAGUUCUUUUUAUAAUGAAAAACAAAUAAGACAAAAAACCAAAGACAGUAAAAUAAUAAGUAAAGGUCACUAUAGACAUCUUAAACAAAUGUUAUGGCAGAAAUGAGGCAGCUGGAUAACUUCCAGUGGAUUUGAAGAGAUUUCAAAGCUCAGAAUUUCAAAAAGUAUUCUCUGUAGAUUUUUAGGCGUUACAGGUAAGUGUUAAUAACAAUUUCACAGAAACAAAAAUAAAGUUUCCUUGCAUAGGCAAUGACUACCCUGGGUUUGUGUGUCCUGUGUCUUGCUCUUACUCCUCCAGUAUUA